GAACCUCGUGGCCCAGGUGCAGGGCGAGGUGGCGGAGGUCCACAGCCUGCUCUCGGAGAUGCCGCGGCCGGAGGGGGGUGCGCGGGGCGCGCCCGCGCAGCCCCUGGCCGAGCACGCGCAGUGGGAGGCCUCCGCCCUGGACAGCGCCAUCUGCGAGUUCGAGGAGAUCCCAGGCAGGAUCCAGGCCACCUUCGAGGCCAGCAUCGCGAGGGCCACAGAGUUGUUCUGGAUGAGGGUCGGGGAGGUCAUGAAGAGCCUGGGGGACAAGAACUCGUCAGACAAGGAGGUCGUCAACCAGAUGAGGAUGAUCCCCAGGGAGGUGCAGCAGAUAGCCGCCGAGGCCGUGGAGCAGGCGGUGCUGGACUCCCAGGUGGAGGUGUCGCGGAUGUGCGACUCCCUCAUCGCGACGCUUGAGGAGAAGCGCUGGAGUACAAGCAGCCAGAAGGUGAGCUCCAUGAAAGCACGGAUUUGCGAGCAGGUGCCACGCACGAUCCAUCCGACCAUCCUGGCAGCGAUGUCUGCUGCCUCCGCCUCGGUUGAGCAGGCUGUGAAGGCCUACCAGGACCCAGAGCUGCCGGUGCCAGUCCCAAACCAGCUGGCCAACGAGAUGGUGGCCGAGUGUUUGCUUCGCGUCAAGGCCGAGACCCCGAACUCACAGUGCCCGCCGGGCCGUGUCGAGGUGCAGCUGGUUCAUGCCCAGGAGGGCGCGUCGUACCCGGAGCAGGUGCGGGCCUCCAUGGCCCCAAGCAGUGCCUCCCCGCUCGUGCAGAAGGCGAGCAAGUCGGACUGCCCGCUCCAGCACGAGCUGCAGCAUACGAAAGCUGGCGGCAGCGACAGCGGGGGCUCUGUCGAAAAGGCUGGCUGGAUCAGGCGGCCGAUGGUGGACGUCAUGAGCGAGCCGUGUGUGAGCAAGUGCAGGCAGGGAGCUGCGGCCAUACCGAGCGGCGCCAUGCAGAAGCAGGGGCAGGCUUCUGGCAACGCGGCCUCCCAUGAGGUGGUAUCUGGCGAAGGUCCCUUUGGCACCAGCAGAGCCGAAAUUCGUUCGAGGAUCCACGCCAAAGCAGAGAGGGCGAGCUUCAAGCAGCGCCUGUCGGCCGCAGCGGAGGCGAUUGACAGCAUCCCCGAACAGCUGAACAGCGUGGUGCAGAACAAGGCAAACAGCCUCGCCGACAGCGUGGAGACCGAUCUGGCUCUGGUGCAGAGGGCCAUCCGCAGCAGUGGCGGGGACGACGCCGUCGUAGACGUGGCCAUCGAUCAGUUGGGGGCGAUCCCAGAGAUCAUCAGGAGCUCGUUCGACUCGAAGAUAUCGGAGGCUAGCGACACAAUACGGUCGAAGCUGAACACCAUCAUGCAGGGCUUUAAGAACUCCAAGUCUGAGAGACAUGAGGUGGUAGAUCAAUUGUGGACCAUCCCCGAGGAGCUGGAGCAGAUACGCGGGCGGUCGACCAGGCCGUGCAAGAGUCCAAGCGGGAGGCGGCCAAACACUGCGACCGCGUCUUGCGGAGCUUGCCGGAGAACGCGGGGGUGA